AUGAAAUGGAAAUCCGUUGAAUUGACAAAUAAUCAAUUGAGCAUGGAUGUACCUGUCGCCUAUGCUAGUCGAACAAGCGGCUUAUAUGGAACAUAUGAUGGAUACCCAUCAAACGAUUUGAAAACACCCGACGGUAAAAUCGUAAGUGAUGCUGUUGAAUUCGGUCAUUCAUGGAGCGUUGCACCGUCGCCACCUUCAUCAUACGAAAAGCCAAUCGACGAUAUGUGCGCAUUAUAUCCAGAACGCAAGCCAGAGGCAGAAGAAAUUUGCUCGUUUUUGAAGAGUGAAAUAUUCAGUAACUGUACCGUUAACGUUGAAGGAUAUUACGAGGCGUGCUUGUUUGAAUUAUGCGCAGUGGAUAAAGAGGAGCAAAUUGAAAACUCCAAGAAAACAGCUUACAGCAUCUAUGCAGAUGAAUGCCAUGUAUUUCUGCCCGAAAAUGAAAAAUGUUCAACUGGGCAAGUGUAUGAAGCAUGCUCCAAAUCGUAUUACCGUAGUUGCGGUGAUCUACUUUCAUCAUAUGUACAGGAAUCAUGUGUCGCCGGUUGCCGAUGUCCAGAAGGUCAAAUUGUUGAUUUAGACGAACAAUGUAUCUCAGUCGACGAGUGCAAAAGCAAAGCAUGCUCUUACAAAAACGUAACAUACCACCGCGGAAGUAAAGUUCAACAAGAUUGCAAUACAUGUGAAUGCCACAAUGGACAAAGGAAUUGCUCUAACAAUCUAUGCUCACCUAAUGCAUCACCACCGGAUAUUCAAGUGAACGGAUAUUCAAGAACAACCGCUUUUUCCAUAAGCUACCAAGACACAUAA